AUGUUCGCUCGAGCCAAACAAAUGUUACAGGAUUUGAGACAAGAGUUACUUGUCCUCAGUCCGGGACCUAUACGUUUAACUGACACACCAUUAUGCCUCUAUGUACCAGUUUUAUGGCCAUGUGGAUCACAAGAAUCCUUACAAGUUCGUGUAGAUCCUGUCCAGGGUUUUAUAUGCGCUUCUUUUCCACUUCUCACCUCACUUGACACGGAAUUCGGUGCUAUGAGUUCCCCAGUCAAUGUUCCAUCUAAUUUUACGGGUAUUUCUGAAAAUUUUUCCCGUUCCAGUGCUAUCAAUGCACUCAGCUCAUUGGAGUCGGCUUUCAAUCAAGCCUCAUCGAAUCGUGUUCGUGUUGUCACCGCCUCAGGAGGUCUAGUUCAACCUUCUUCACAUGAAAGUGAUCGUAUUUCGUCGAUCCAAUCAAGAAGUCUACGUAAUCUAGCCCAUGGUGAUGUUCGUUGGCGUUCCAUGAUAUCUGAGUCUCUGGAACAUCUUCGACUGUGUUUAGGCUUGACGAGGUUAAUGCAAACAGCCAAGAUCCAUCGACCAUUUUGGCAUCCAUUUAAACGACAUCUCCCAUUGAUUUUGUCUCCAGAUCAAGUGGUCCAGGGAAAAACUCCCUGGUUUGAAAUGUUGAUCCGUAUGCAACAAUCAUGUCGUUGGCCAAUCCUCUUCGCUCAAUUGUUUCCAAACAAUGAAUAUUAUAUCGCCUGUGAAGUGAUACUGGCUCCACUGAAUGUUGAGUACAAGUAUUAUUUGAUUGUUUGCCGUGCACUACCUGAGCACUAUAUGAGUAUUACAACGAAUUCGCAAGGGGUGCUUGUCUAUAACCACAAUGACGUAAGUUCCACAACUGUUGGGCAACAUCCGAGUGAAACAGGAUUAUUUCUUCGAGUGACUCACUUUACACCACUUUCACCUGAUAUUGUCUGGUCAAAUAAUCCAUCGAUAACAUUGCAACGAUUAUGUGCUUGUAUUCAGAAGGCUCAAUCAAAUAUCGCCGGUGGACGUUCAUCGCGUUUAACUGACCUGUUGAAUAGAAUUAAAUUAUCACAUGGAAUAGACGACACUGAGACAAUUUCUGGUAGUAGUAGUAGUAGUAGUGGGAGUGUUAUUGACCACCAGUCAACAACAACCAGAUUGGAUGAACCUCAAGCUAUUGUUCCAACAUUAGCUCAUUUAUUCUCAAGAAUAGGCGAAAAUUUAAUCACUAGUUAUCUGACAAUGGAGCUUUCGUGUGCAGGAAUUGAACACACUGGGAUACAUUAUGACGGGUCAGGCUGUUUACCUACAAUCGGAAUAACCAGCAUACCCUUCAAUCCGCCUAGUUGGUACCCGACAGGCAUCGUCCCACUGAUGAAUUAUGUUCAUGAAAUAAUCCUGCGUCCAUAUUUCGAUCCAUUUACACAUCGUCGUAGUUGGCAGUUGGACAUAUUGUUCACUGGGAUUCAACCACACUUACACUUGGACUCCUCAAUAAAUGGAGCUAAUCGGCGCAAAUCUUCAAAAUAUUAUAUACGUCAUCAAACAGCUGAAUGGACUAUUUCAAGGCUGCACCACUUUAUUAUCGUUGUGCAUAAUAUACUCAUAGAAUGGGAAAGUUUAUGUUUAAUGCACGCUUUAUGUUACCAAGUGGUUAAUAAUCCUGAGUUUUUCGACGAUCGAUGGUCUAAAAAUCGUAAAGUCACCGAUUUGGAUUGGUCAACCAUAUUCCCCGGGCUAUGCCUUGCAGCGUAUAAUUCCAAUGAACAAAAUGCCCAUGAACCAGAGGGUGUAUGUCUCGUAUGGAAUAUCAAGUAUCCAAAGUUAAAGACUCCAGAGCAUAUAUUCCAUUGUCAAUCAGCUGUCACUUCAGCGAGUUUAUCACGUUUUCAUCCAAAUAUUGUCGUGGCUGGAACGUAUUCUGGACAGAUUGUUUUAUGGGAUAGUCGGUGA